UUCUAGUAGCUGUCUUCCAAUAUGUCAUUUUGUACAAUACAUUGCUGGGCAAACGAAUCUUAAUUUUUAUGUCGCUAUAAUACUAAAAUACUUAAAUAAAAAAUAAUAAUACAAAAUUUCACAAUUUUCGAGAUGGAAAAUAGUUCGGAGAGUGUUCCCCAGGGGGACAGUUCCCCGGAUUCGAAAGCAGACGACAUCAGCGAGACCGUGCGCUCGCUGGUUAGCCAUGCCACGGAAUGCACAGAGCCGUCUUUGAGUCCGGCGGAUUUGCCUGCUCGCAGCCGGAAGGCGUUUCUGCAGCACAUGAUCGGUCAACUACCGGAUAUUGUCCAGAACCGCAUACGAGCACUCAAACAAAAUCAGCUGCAACAGGUACGCAUUACGGAGAAGUUUUUUCGAGAGGUUUACGAACUUGAACGGCGAUUCUACGGCCAGAGUUGCAUCCUUUUCGAUGUGAGGCGGGAUAUUUUAGAUGGUUUGGUAGAGCCACCUUUCCAAGCGGAAAACACUUGGCUCGAGGAGCCACGGGAUUCGUUGUAUCUGGACUUUGAGAAUAACGAGGAACUGCGCCGAUUAAGGCUAAAAUUGACCCAAGUUUCUCCGAAUUCCUUGGGUGUUCCACGCUUUUGGUUGACCGUCUUCCAAAAUGUUCCCCUGCUCUCCGAACUAGUUCAGGAACACGAUGAGCCGCUGCUGGAAUGCCUCAUAGAUGUACGACUGGCGUAUGAUCAGGAUAGCUACACGGUUAUCUUUCAGUUUCGACCCAAUGCCUUCUUGCAUGACUCGUCGCUGCUCCUCACUAAGCGCUACUUUUUGCAACACUCGGCGGAUCAGGAGUACCCAUUUUUGUUUGAAGGUCCGGAAGUAGUGCGCUGCGAGGGCUGCCAUAUCCAUUGGCGUGACGGCUCCAACCUCACACUCCAAACGGUGGAGAGCAGGCGAAGAAAUAGAUCCCGCAGAGUCACCAAGGUCAUGCCCCGAGAGUCAUUCUUUCGGUUUUUUGCUCCGCCCCAGGCCUUAGAUCUGUCCCUUGCGGAUGAAAAAACCAAGCUAAUAUUGGGCAACGACUUUGAAGUGGGUUUCUUGCUACGCACGCAAAUCGUCCCAAAGGCAGUGCUCUUUUACACUGGCGAUCUGGUGGACAGCCUGAAUGAAGCCACCCCGGACAACCGCUCCUCGUCCUCGGAUACGGAUCAGGAGCAGGUUUUGGGCACACAGUAGAAUACAGUACGACGACAAAAUUAUAAGUUCAGAGUUAUAGUGUUAUACUGCCUGUAUGGAUAGUGAUUAAAAAUAAAAUUGUAUUGUUUGGCGACAAUCA